UCACCACGCCGGCGGCCGCCAUUACAGAGAGCCGAGCUCCGGGGCUAGAUCGAGCGGAGGAGGGCAGCGGCCGGUGGCCGGGUGCUGCAGGGAGAGUCCGCGGGUUUGCGUUAGCGCCGAGCAGCCGCCAGCAGCCACACAGGUACCCCGGGAGCCGGCGGUGGCGUGUGCGUGUGGCCCGUGUGCGGGCGGCGGCGCGGGAGGAGCGCGGAGCGGCAGCCGGUUCGGGCGGGUGGCAUCAUGGACGAGAAGGUGUUCACCAAGGAGCUGGACCAGUGGAUCGAGCAGCUGAACGAAUGCAAGCAGCUGUCCGAGUCCCAGGUCAAGAGCCUCUGCGAGAAGGCUAAAGAAAUCCUGACAAAAGAAUCCAAUGUGCAGGAGGUUCGAUGUCCAGUCACCGUCUGUGGAGAUGUACAUGGGCAAUUUCAUGAUCUCAUGGAACUGUUUAGAAUUGGUGGCAAAUCACCAGAUACAAACUACUUGUUUAUGGGAGAUUAUGUUGACAGAGGAUAUUAUUCAGUUGAAACAGUUACUCUGCUUGUAGCUCUUAAGGUUCGUUACCGUGAGCGCAUCACCAUUCUUCGAGGAAAUCAUGAGAGCAGACAGAUCACACAAGUAUAUGGUUUCUAUGAUGAGUGUUUAAGGAAAUACGGAAAUGCAAAUGUUUGGAAAUAUUUUACAGAUCUUUUUGACUAUCUUCCUCUCACUGCCUUGGUGGAUGGGCAGAUAUUCUGUCUACAUGGUGGCCUCUCACCAUCCAUAGAUACACUGGAUCACAUCAGAGCACUUGAUCGCCUACAAGAAGUUCCUCAUGAGGGUCCAAUGUGUGACUUGCUGUGGUCAGAUCCAGAUGAUCGUGGUGGUUGGGGUAUAUCUCCUCGAGGAGCUGGUUACACCUUUGGGCAAGACAUUUCUGAAACAUUUAAUCAUGCCAAUGGCCUCACCUUGGUGUCCAGAGCUCACCAGCUGGUGAUGGAGGGAUAUAACUGGUGCCACGACCGAAAUGUAGUAACGAUUUUCAGUGCUCCAAACUAUUGUUAUCGUUGUGGUAAUCAAGCUGCAAUCAUGGAACUUGAUGAUACUCUAAAAUACUCUUUCUUGCAAUUCGACCCAGCACCUCGCAGAGGCGAGCCACAUGUUACUCGUCGUACCCCAGACUACUUCCUGUAAUGAAAUUUUAAACUUGUACAGUAUUGCCAUGAACCAUAAAUUGACCUAAUGGAAAUGGGAAGAGCAACAGUAACUCCAAAGUGUCAGAGAAUAGUUAACAUUCAAAAAAAAACUUGUUUUCACACGGACCAAAAGAUGUGCCAUAUAAAAAUACAAAGCCUUUUGUCAUCAACAGCCGUGACCACUUUAGAAUGAACCAGUUCAUUGCAUGCUGAAGCGACAUUGUUGGUCAAGAAACCAGUUUCUGGCAUAGCGCUAUUUGUAGUUACUUUUGCUUUCUCUGAGAGACUGCAGAUAAUAAGAUGUAAACAUUAACACCUCGUGAAUACAAUUUAACUUCCAUUUAGCUAUAGCUUUACUCAGCAUGACUGUAGAUAAGGAUAGCAGCAAACAAUCAUUGGAGCUUAAUGAACAUUUUUAAAAAUAAGUACCAAGGCCCCCCCUCUACUCGUGAGUUUUGAAAUCGUUUUGUUUAUUUUCAGGGAUACUGUUUAAUUUAAUUGUAUGAUUUGUCUGCACUCAGUUUAUUUCCCUUCUCAAAUCUCAGCCUCAUGUUGUUCUUUGUUAUUGUCAGAACCUGGUGAGUUGUUUUGAACAGAACUGUUUUUCCCCCCUCCUAUAAGACGAUGUUACUGCACAAGAGCACUGCAGUGUUUUUCAUAAUAAACUUGUGAACUAAGAACUGAGAAAGUCAAAAUUUAAUUGUAUUAAUGGGCAAGACUGGUGCUGUUUAUUUAAAAGAUACAUCAAUUGAUAAAUUUUAGAAUUUAUAGAAUUCUAGGUGAAGAAAAAUAAAAUCAAGGUCACUAUAUAAUCUCUCUGGCAACUCCUUGACAUUCUUCAGAAGAUUUUCAAGACUUAUUUGUAAUCCAGAUAGUACAAUUUGUCAGAGAGCCAGCGUGCUCUUUGUGGGGUUCUUCCUACCUAUUACCUUGUCUGCAAGAAAGGAAAUCUGCAACUUCAGUAAGACUGGACUAUAAAACCAUAGAACUUGAGAUUUAAGUGUUUUGGUUUUUCUUUUAAUAAAACAUCAUGUUUUCAGGUAGAGCUUGAAAAACUAAUGUGUCUACUUCUCAGUCAGUGCAGUUUCUGGUUAUAAAUACCAUAUUGCUAUGUAUGUUAGAUGGACUCAAAAAAAUGAUGGACAGAUUUUGUAUAUUGCUUGUCAUGUUAUCUUAGAGUUAACUUUGUCUCCGAUAAAAAAGCUGUUAAAAGUAUUGUCCUGUAUUAAGCUCUUUAAGUGCUACUAGUUAAACCAAAUAGAAAACUAUUGCUAGAUCAUGGUUUGGUGUAAUAUGCAUUCACCCAAGGACAAAAAUGGCAUUUGAAAUGAAGUGGCAGUGCUAAGCACUUACUGAGUUUCCUCCCACCCUUUUCUCCUUUGAAUAGGAUUAGAAAGUUAAAACAGUUCUUCUGUGGAAACUAAUAUUUGGUAAUCUUCAGCUAUCAGGGUAAACUUCAGGGCACUUAAUCAUUACUUGUGUGAAUGUAGUAAUAAAAGUUCCUUUGCUUUGUA